AUGAGUGGUCUGGGCGCAAAGAUCAAGGACAUCCUCCACUCCGACAAGGACACCACCACAGAGACAUCUCACCAUCCCCCAGGAUCAUUCCCCACAGAAGAGAUGGAGCCCAGCGAAACUCACGAAGGAUACUCCAAGGGAUAUGAGCAUAACAAGCUUCACAAGGCCGACGACCCUCGAGGCCAUGCACACAAAGACUCUGGCGUCGGGUUCACCGAGCCCAACGAUCCUACUUCCUACAAGCCCUCCGACGAACCCAUCUCCGAGCGACGCGACGAUCCUCUAGACAGAACUACCGACACUACUACAACUGCUGGCACUACAACCGCUGGCACUACAACCGCUGGUACUACUGCUGCUGGUGGUCUGGGCGACACCAGCAAGAUCCCCGCUACUGAGGGCGCCACUGGAGCCGCUGCACCAUCUACCCAAGACCAUCCUUACUGGGGAGAUCUCCCUAGCGGAGGCGUCCACAACACUGUCAUCGGCCACGGCAGCCCUGAAGAUGAGAACGCACGUCAUCGAGCUGUUCACUCUGGCGCGACGGAACCAACUCGGACAGCUGGUACUCUCGAGAGCGGAACAUUCCUUCACCGAAACGAUCGCGACACUACAUCCUCUACUACCAGCCCCACCGAUGCUCAGCGAACUACUCAAGAGAACCCCAGCCAAACAUCCGGCUCCCGCUUCAACGAGGGCCUAGCUGGUGCUGGGGCCGCUGGCGCCGGUGCCUUGGGCGCUCACGAGCUCGAAAAGCGCCGUCACGCUGAUGAUACCCAAACACCAAGCAAGGUCGACCAAACCACCGACAAGACUCACGACGAACACAAGGGUCGAUCAUUCCCUCUUCUCGGAAAGGACCAUAAGGAAAAGGAGGCGCAUCACAAAGAAAAGGAGACGCACCACAAAGAGGACAAGCAUGACAAAGAACCCAAGGAGAGCAAGCUCGGCGCUCUCUUCCAUCGCAAGGAUAAGACUGAGACGGAGGCCAAGGCUGAGCAGGAGGCCGAUCAAGAGAAACAUGGUCACUCCAAGCCUGCUCUUGCUGCUGCUGGAGCUGCGUGGGGCGCCAGCUCUGCUGGGAAGGGUCAUGAUGACAAGACUCAACGUGAUGUGACUGAUCCUACUGGUACUCGAGGUGCGACGCAGUAUCCUGCUUCUGGACUCGACUCUUCUAGAGACUAUAGUGCCCAGCCUACUGGUACUACCCAGCAGCCUUAUCAGCAAGACAGCUCCCAUCGAGGUGCCGGUCUUGCAACUGGUGCUGCUGCUGGUAUUGGCGCUGGCGCUUUGGCGUCGCACUAUGCCCAGCGCUCUGACAAUGACCGAACUGGCACUGGCUACGACUCUCAAAGCUACGACCCUUCUAGCACUUCUGCCAGAGACCCUACCUCUCAGACCUAUCAGCAACAGGGCUCUCACGGCGAUCAUAGCCUCGCUAAGGGUACAGUUGCUGGUCUAGGCGCUGGCACACUUGCUUCCCAGUCCGGCCAGCACUCUAGCUCCAACCAGCCUUCAACUCUCGGCGCUACUUCAGCAUAUGGUGCCCAGCCAGACCAAACCGCCAACUAUUCUCACAAAGAUCCCGUUGGUCAGACUUCCCAGCAUGACUCUCACCGCGGUGCGGGACUUGCUGCUGGUACUGCUGCUGGUCUAGGUGCAGGUGCUCUUGCUUCCCGAUCGGGUCGUGAGCACGAGACGACUGGCCAGCAUACCGGCCUUGAUUCAAACCGAGAUCUUGAGUCGCAGGGCAACCAGUCUGCUUAUAGCUCUACCAACCCCACAUCUCAGUAUAAGCAGCAAGAUUCCCACCGUGGUGCUGGCCUCGCUGCCGGUACUGCCACUGGGCUAAGUGCUGGCGCCUUGGACUCUCGAUCUGGGCGCGAACAUGAGACUACUGGUGCAUCGGGACUUGAAUCUAACAGAGGUCUUGAGUCUCAGACUACUCAGCCUGGAUACAGCUCUACAAACCCUACCUCUCAGCACCAGCAGGACAACUCUCACCACGGUGCUGGUCUAGCCACAGGAGCUGCCGCCGGCCUUGGCGCUGGAGCGUUGGCCUCUCGAGCCGGUCGCGAUCAUCACUCUGAUCAACCCACUGGCCUUGACUCCAACCGAGGUCUUGAGUCUCAGACCACUCAGCCUACAUCUACUUCUACACGCGACCCUACCUCUCAGUCGUACCAACAGGAGGGUUCUCACCGAGGAGCUGGACUAGCUACCGGUGCUGCUGCAGGUCUUGGUGCUGGAGCUCUGGCUUCGCAUGAGUCUAACAAGCGUGACGAGGAUCGAUACCUGAGCAAUGAUGGUUCCCGCACAGCUCAGCCUGGUACCACUGGCACUACCGGUACCGGGGCUGGUCUCGGCACUUCCUCCUCUGCCUUCGACAGUUCUCACAACGAGCCCUCACGCAAGUCCGAGCACUCCCAGCGCUCAACCGGCUCUCACCACUCCACACUCGCUGAGAACGCCAACGCUGGAAAGUACAACACCCUCGCAUCCGGAACUCCCUCCGGCGUCGCCUACGAUGACGAUCUUUCCACCAGCCGCUCUACCCAGCAGCCUACCUCUGAGAAGAAGGAUGAUAGCCACUUCGGUGCCAAGGCAGCUGGUCUAGGAGCUGCUGCCGCUGGAGCUGGUACUGCUGCUGCUUUGUCUCGAAACAAGGAUGAGAAGCCCGUUGAGGACAAGAUUCGCGAGGAGCCUGAGACUGAGCGUAAGCUUGAUCAGACUGAGUCUCACAAGCCUAUUACUGGUGCUGUUGCGCCGCAGUUUGGAACCAACAAGCCUGUUAUUCACAAGUGUCAGAAGUGUGGCGAGGAAAAUGAUAUUAGCAAGUACUUUACUUCCAACUCUGGAAAUAUCUAA